AUGGUUGUUGUGCCCAUUUUCGGGAGAAACCCCCCGGACGUCCACGAGGCACCACCUCCUUAUGCCCAGGUUGAGCCGCAUGGUGCGACCACUGCUCCAGAAGAAGGUGCCACGGUGAAGAUCCAGCCCUUGCCCGACAAAGAUGGGGUCAUCCUCACAGUCCAGCCGCCGAAGGGGCCACAAAAUGAAAAGCUCUCACAUGUGCCAUGCGACAUCGCCUUGGUGAUUGACGUGUCAGGUAGCAUGGGUGCUGAUGCCCCAGCUCCCGGCGAGGAUGAGAAGACAGGCCUCUCGGUCUUGGACCUGGUCAAGCACGCAUGCCGCACCAUCAUGUCAACGAUGACAAAGGAGGAUCGACUGGCAAUCGUUACAUUUUCCGGGGGGUCCAACGUCCUGCAACCCCUGACAGAGAUGACGGACGCCAACAAGGAGGUCGCCAAGGAAAAGGUUGAGGCCAUGCAACUUGAAAGCUGUACAAAUCUGUGGCACGGCUUGCGAGACGGCAUAAAGCUCUUCAAGGACGAGGCAAACACGGGCCGAGUGCCUGCUGUCAUGGUUUUGACGGACGGUGUGCCCAACCACAUGUGCCCUCAACAAGGAUACGUACCAGCGCUUAGGGCCAUGGGCGAAAUAGUGCCGUCCAUCCAUACCUUUGGGUUUGGAUACGUCCUCAGGUCAGGACUGCUGAAGUCCAUCGCAGAAUUUGGAGGAGGUAACUACGCCUUCAUUCCCGACGCAGGCAUGAUAGGCACCGUCUUUGUCCACGCCGUUGCAAACCUGCAAUCUACCUACGCCAGCAGUGCCACUCUCCGCCUGACAUACCCCGACAUCGUUACCAUACAGCAGACAGUGGGAAUUUCUGUGGGUCAAGAGAAGCCUGUUCAGGCUCCUGGCGGCAACUCUGAACUCAGCAUACCGCUGGGAAGUCUCCAGUACGCCCAGUCUCGGGAUAUCUACUUGAAGUGGAAGAGCAGCUCUACAGACAAUGACGUGGAGCCGUCCUAUCUCAACGUUGCCCUUCAAUACAGCAAAAUGACAGAAGUGCAGCACGUCAGCCAUACAAGCCGGGACCUCAUGGACCUCUCCUUCACAACCCUCUCCGACGCCGAGAUAGCAUUCCACGUUUCCCGAUCCCACAUCUGCGCCUUCCUCGCCGACCUCUUCCCCAUCGACCCCCUCGGCGAGCACCGCCUCUCCCCAAAGCUCCAGAGCGCCACCGGCCUCGCCGAGAAGCAACAACAACUCCGCGACCUCACCGCCUCGCUCCCGGCCGCCCACUUCCCCGACGACGCGAGCUGCGCCUCCCUCAUGCAGGACCUCGUCGGGCCCGAGCCCCUGGGCCAGGUCUCCCUCGCGCUCUCCAGGGACAAGUACCUCACCCGCUGGGGCCAGCACUACCUGCCCAGCCUGCACGGCGCGCACGCCCGGCAGGCCUGCAACAGCUUCAAGGACCCCGGGCCCCUGCGGUACGGCGCCGGCUCCCCGCUCUUCACCCGCUGCCGCGACGCCCUGAGCUCCGCCUUCGACGACCUCCCGGCCCCGGAGCCGAGCAACGUCGUCCCCGCCGACCCGGGCGGGCACGCGAUGGCCCGCUGCGGUGGCGGCGGCGGCGGGCGCGGGGGUGGUUUCUUCGCUACUACCGACUUCGGGGUGAGGAUCGGCGGCGCUCCCAUUUCGAUGAGGUCGUACAACUCGUCCAGCGCGCCGUGCUUCGCGGGGCGGACGGCCGUGCGCCUCGCCGGUGGCAAGCAUGUUCGAAUCUCGUCGCUGCGGAGGGGGGACAGUGUCACCACGCCCGUCGGGCCCCGAAAGGUCGCCGCCGUGCUUGUGACGCCUGUGCGUAGGCAGGUCAUGGUCCGGCUCGGGGGCGUCCUCGUCACUCAGUGGCACCCCAUUGCCUUGCCUGCUGCCGCUGAUUGCCGGCGUGGCUGGGUGUUUCCUGCCCAGGUGCACCAAGGCAAACUGACGAGGUACACUGGUGCGAUAUACAGCGUGUUGCUGGAGAGAGACGAGGAUGUCGAUGCCCAUGCUAUUGCGCUUGGUGGUGGGUCGGAGGAGGCAGUGUCGCUCUGGGGCGUGACUCUGGGCCACGGGAUGGUCGAAGCAAGGGGGAGAAUUGAUGUGAGGGCUCACCGAUUCUUUGGAAGCUAUGAAAAAGUUCUGAGGAGCCUGGAGGCUUUGCAAAUAAGACGGGAUGGUAGGGUCAUGAGCGGCGGCGUGAGGAGAAGCAAGAGCACCGGCCUCGUGAACGGGUUCAAGGCGCCUCAGCCCCGGCGUCGAGCCGCUGUAAAGCUGCUAUUUCCGGCUCGUGCGGAUGCUAUGAAGCGACGGCGUGCGGAAUAUGGCAAGGUGCCGUGA